AGUUUGAAUGGUUGGAGGUAUCUGUGUUGGACAAAAUCCUACAUAAUUUCUAUGCCUCAGUCCAGACAAAAAAGGUGAUGACUACUCCAAGGCAGUUCUUAUUGGCCUCAGAGCAGGAAUAAAUCGUUAUCUAACUACACCACCUGUGUCACGGAAAAUAAAUAUCAUGAAAGACAGGGACUUCAUGUUUUCUAAUCAGGUUUUGUCUGGAUUAGUUAAGGGUCUUAAACGUGAAGGAAAGGACCUCAGUAAACACAAAGAGCCAAUUACUGAGGAUGAUGUAAAUAAACUGUUUGAGAGUGGACUGUUUUCAGAGGAUAAUCCAAGAACUCUGCAGAAUAAAGUUCUGUAUGAUAUCCUGAGUCAGUUCGGCCGCUGUGGCCAGGAAGGCCUCCAUGACCUUAGGAAGGACUCCUUUGUUGUAAAAAUGGGCUCAAAGGGCCGUCAAUAUAUCAGGAUGUCAUACAACGAAGCAGACAAAACCAAUCAUGGUUUAGACCAAAGAGAAGAUCCAAAAGAGCCACGUUUGUAUGAAAACGAAGGUCCACGUUGCCAGAUGAGAUCUUACUUGAAGUAAAUAUCAAAGCUAAGUCCAGAGUGCCCUAGUCUCUUUCAGCGACCUAUUGACAAAUUCCAGCCUGCUCAUAAAACCUGGUACGCAAACAAAGCUGUGGGUGUGAACACUUUGCAAAGUUUCAUGUCUAGGUUGUCUGAAAAAGCAUGUCUCAGUCAAAGGUACACAAAUCACUGUGUAAGAGCCUUUGUUGUUUCCCAUCUACAUAAGAAGGGCUAUUCAAGCAGAGCAAUAAUGUCUAUAACUGGCCAUAGAAAUGUAUCCAGUCUUAAUUCGUAUGUGAAACCAUCCGAUGAGGAGAGAUACAGCAUCAGCAAAGCCCUAAAUUAUGCAGGGUAUCAGAAUAAUGAAGAAAACAUUUCUCCUAGUUCUAUCAAGAGGCAAGAGACCAGAAGUGAGACUUUACCGGCUGCAUCAGAACCCGCAGCUAUGGCUAUAUCAUCUGAUCUCCAAGCAGAAUCUGAGCAUGGUUGUUCAACAAAUGAAAGUGUCACAACCAACACCAGCACCAGCACUGGCAGCAGGGAUAUAGACAUAAACAUGUCUUCUAUCAGCACCAGUCGUGCCUUACACAUGUUCACAGGCAACAUUGCCUCGAGCACUAUUACAGUUAACGUUUACAAUGCAAAAUAAUUUAAUAAGAAAGUUCUGCUUACCGUUUUUGACGUUAAAACUUUAAUUAAUCCAAUAAAACUGUUCACUUCCUGUCAUGCCUUAUCAUGGCUGCCGUUUUACUGACCUCGUUUCAGUUUUAAAACUUUCUAUAUAAGUUUUCUUAACAUUUGUUGUGAUUUUUAAUCUUUCAGAUGAGAUAAAAGAUUUUUUGACUUUUUGAACGAUCAGAAGGUCGAAGUAACUACAUUAAACUGCAUAUUGCAAUAAAAAAGAAAUAGUGUUAUAUUUCAAUGGGGAGGUUAUUCUAACAGCCAACAUGUUUAUACCACGUGACUUUCCUAACAACAGGCUUACGCCACGAAAUGUAGUAUGACAAUGUUCAGGCAAUAAACCACUAUAAACCAUGUUAGAAUCGAAAUAAUAAGUUCC